CCUACUUCACUUGCUGUAAACUGAGUUCAAUGGGCAAAAGAGACAUGUGCUGCUGUUGCUUACUGGUAGAGAAGAUUGUGUGAAAGCAUUUCAAGCCAUGAAGCUACAACUCCUCUGAGCUCCUCAAAGAAGGAAAAGGAGGGUGUGCUCUAUUUGAGCAUGCCCCUUCAUUUCUACCCCUAUGACAGAGCUGAGAUCACUGCUUCUCCAGGAUUCCUCUUCCUAUCUUGCUUUUUUCUUGAAAUGUCCAAAGGCAUCUAUGUGCAUAGGAAAAGAUAUCAAAUCAUCAUUCCUAACAUGAUGCCCUCAAGAUAUGUUGGAAUGUUAUCUAGAGAUGGUGACAGCUGUGGGCUCUUUCUCUGACUGGAGUGAUGCACUGGGGGAGCUGAAGAAGAAAGUGAUAUGGGGACAAGCAUCCUCUGCUGUUCUUCUCAGCACAUGGUCUGAGAAAAACAAAAGGUCUGUGUGCAAUGACAGAAGAAAACAAUACUACUCCAAUCAAUGAAUUUGUAUUUGUAGGCUUAACAAAGAAUCGUGUACUGCAGAUAAUCAUCUUUCUAGUAUUCCUAACUUUCUAUCUUACUACUUUGGUGACAAAUCUUGGAAUGAUUGCUCUGAUCAUUGUCAGUCCACGUCUUCACACCCCAAUGUACUUCUUUCUUAGCAACCUCUCUCUAUUAGAUGUCUGCUUUUCUUCUGUGGUGGCCUGUAAGACUUUAGUUAAUCUCUUAGCGGAGAAAAAGUCAAUUUCUUUUACUGGAUGUGCUAUGCAAAUGUAUUUUGUAAUAGGUCUGGGAAGCACAGAGUGUUUUCUCCUGGCUGCCAUGGCAUAUGAUCGCUAUGUGGCGAUCUGUAAACCAUUAUUGUACCAAGUCCUUAUGUCUCCUAGACUCUGUAUUCUUCUUCUGGUGGGAUCAUAUGUUCUGGGGCUUUUGCAUUCUCUUCUUCAUACCGUCUUCACCUUCAGACUCUCAUUUUGUCAGUCAAAUGAGAUCAAUCAUUUGUACUGUGACAUCACUGCACUUUUGUCGCUUUCCUGUAAUGAUAUCUACAUCAAUGAGCUCUUGAUCUUUUAUGUGGCUGGACUUGUAGAAGCAACAACACUUCUGAGUGUCCUGGUUUCUUAUGUUUAUAUUCUCACAAAUAUUGUUGGGAUUGGAUCAGCUGCAGGUAGACUCAAAGCCUUGUCCACGUGCACCUCCCACCUGGCUGCUGUUGCAAUCUUUCAUGGAGCCAUUCUCAUUCUGCAUUUCCGGGCCAGGUCUAGAGGGGGAUCUUCUACCCAAGAUGUGGUUGACAAAUGUUUGUCUGUGUUCUACACCAUUGUUAUCCCCAUGCUGAAUCCUUUGAUUUAUAGCCUGAGAAACAAGGAAGUGAAAUAUGCCUUAGGAGGUAUUCAAAGAAAAGUAUGUAAUGAAAUGAUAAGCUAGAAUUGUUUGGCAACAAGUCAUUGUUAAAUCUAAAUGUCUUUUGAAAGGAAAGAGAGAAACAACUAUAAUACAACCGGCUGGGAUUCAUGUAACCUGAUUCCCUUUAUUACUAUGCACACACCCCUUUUCUUCUAUCCAUAUAAAAGGAGUCCACUUUCUUCUGCCAGAAAGCAUGUAAAGAAUUACAGCAGGGGUCCCCAAACUAAGGCCUGGGGGCCGGAUGCGGCCCUCCGAGGUCAUUUACCUGGCCCCGCCCUCCGUUUUAUAAUAUAAUAUAUUGUAUAUACAUAUAAUAUUGAUAAUAAUAUUAUAAUGUAAUACAAUAUAACACUAAUAAUACCAUAUAAUAAUAUUAAUUAUAUAUUCUAUAUUACAUAUAAUAUUACUAAUAAUAUUACAGUAUAGUGGUAUAGUUCAACAUAGUAAUAUAUAAUGCUAAUAUUGUGCUAUGCUAAUAAUAUAUAUUGUAUGUACAUAUAAUUUGUAAGCCACUCUGAGUCCCCUUUGGGGUGAGAAGGGUGUGAUACAAAUGUAGUAAAUAAAUGCAGUAAAUAAAUAAUAAAGACAUUUUAGAUUUAGGCUCGCCCAAAGUCUGAAAUGACUUGAAGGCACACAACAACAACAACAACAACAACAACAACAACAACAACAACAACAACCCUAAUUAACUUGACUAUCUCAUUGGCCAGAAGCAGGACCACACUUCCCAUUGAAAUCCUGAUAAAUGUAUGUUGGUUAAAAUUGGUUUUAAUUUUAAAUAUUGUAUUGUUCUUUCGUUGUUGUUGUUGUUGUUGUUGUUGCACUACAAAUAAGAUAUAUGCAGUGUGCAUCGGAAUUUGUUUGUAUUUUUUUCAAAUGAUAAUCCAGCCCCUCAACAGUCUGAAGGAUUGUGGACCGGCCCUUGGCUUAAAAAGUUUGAGGACCCCUGAAUUGCAGGAUAUAUGUUCCAGAUAUUGAUGUGGUUAUGCAAAACCAUGCAUAAUAGAGAACCUUAUGGAAUGAACAAUUUCCAGCAAAAGCAUAGUAUAGAGUUGCACUGGGUGACUUAGGAAAUACCUAGAUAAGACAAAAACCAGAAGUUUAAAAACAUUUGAGCUUCAUUUCACAGUCAUUAUUUAGCAAAAAUUAUAUCCUGUACAUUCCUUCAUUUUAUGCUGCAUAGCAUGAGAAGAAUGCUGACCAUUCUGAGAAAUGUUUCUCAUCUCUUAACAAGUUUAAUUAUAUGACUUACCAAAAUUUAUUACAGCCAUAAAAGCAGAACUUGAAAAUGAUUAAUUAAAAUGAAAUGGUUUCUCUUCACUCAUUAACUUGUUCAAAAAUUUGAGUAAUGUCUACCACGUCCAAUUAUUUUAAUGAAAUUACUUUUGAAACCUAUUUUGUUUUCGGCAGCAGGCCAUUUUUAUUAAUGUAAAGGGAUUUUUAAUGUAACAAUUCCAUAGUUAUUGUGUGUUAACAAUGAGUGUCUUAAACAGUUUUUUUUUAUAAAUGUCUUCUAGCAGUUUUGUAAACAGUCAAGGAGGUUUUUUUUAUGAACGGUAUUUGCUGGCAAUUGGAUUUCUACUUUAAUUUUGAUACUAAGUUUUGAUGAUGUGGUUUUGCCCCUUUCAGUUUUACAAAAACAGUUUAAACUACCUUUAUUAGUAGUUUAAAAACUGAAAAUAGCUACAACUGAAACAUGUGUUAUAAUUCAAAAAAAAAUCUGAUGAAGUAGACUUAAGUCUAUGAAAGUUUAUGAUACCAACUGCUUUCUCGGGGUGCUGUAGAAUUUGUGCAGUUUGACUCUACUUUAACUGCUGUGGUUCAAUGCUGAAAAUAGCUACAACUGAAACAUGUGUUAUAAUUCAGAAAAAAUAAAUAAAUCUGAUUAAGUAGACUUAAGUCUAUGAACGUUUAUGAUGCCAACUUCU